AAACAAUUAUUGUAUACUAUCUAAGAGUAAGAACUCUUUGCGUCUCUAACGGGUUCGAAUCUCAGCUAAACAAGGUUUGAAUCUUAACUAAGCUAUAUAUUAGUUCGAUGAAUUAGAUGAAUUUGUUAUUUCUUAGUACGACCAAACAAAAAACGAAGAACAACGAAGAAAUCUUUGACUCCUUUUGCUGACAAAAAAUGAAAACCUUCAUUCAAAUUACAUUGCUAAAAAAUGAGCAUCCGAAUAAGAUGGACUUCAAAAAGACUCAAAUUAAAUAUGUAUGAACAGAGAUCGUGUGUUUGGUAGUGUUUAAUGAUAAAAUCUAACAAUAUUAAAGUAAAAAGCUACGCGCAAAAGAUUAAUUUAAUUUGAAAACAUCGAUAAGACAAUCGAUCUUUUCUAAUGUGUUCCGAUCAUUGUUCCCUCUUCUUUCACUCGUAGCGCCACUAGCAUAGUUAUUGAAUGUUAGGUUAGGUAACCUAAGUUGAAUGUAAGGUUAAGUAGUACAUGUAGACAAUCAACUGUUGUUAAUAUUAUUAAAAUAACAGUAACUGUUCCAGAAAAUAUAUAAAAAAGAUCACACAAUAGCGUUAAGAUGUCCUCGUGGAAAAAAGCCGCAAAAGCAGGCCAGAAAACGCAUUGGGAACGUCAUCAACCGGAAGUCCGCAAACACCUAGGUUUAUUAGAAAAGAAGAAGGACUAUGUUGCCAGAGCCAAAGAUUUCCAGGAGAAGAGGGCAACAAUCAAGCUUCUACGGAAACGCGCACUCAACAAAAAUCCAGAUGAGUUCCAUUUUCAUAUGAUCAAUUCUAAAUUGGAGAAUGGUAUUCACCGAGAGAAAAAGGAGGCUGAACACACGCCUGAGCAGAUAAAACUAAUGGAGACACAGGAUAUGAAAUAUAUCAUGUAUAGAAAGCACAUUGAGACAAAGAAGAUAAAUAAGUUGCAGAAUGAAUUGCACAUGCUCGACACAGCUAAUGAAACACCGAACCAACACAUCUUCUUUAUGGAUGACGGAAAAGAAGCCAAGAAUUUUGAUCUGGCCAAGAGGUUGGACACUCAUCCUGCAUUGCUCUCUAGACGAAUCAAUCGACCAAGAAUGAGCGAUCUCAGCAAAAUGCAGGUGCCGGAAUUAGAUGAAAAGACUUUGGCUAAACUUCAGCAAAAGAACCACAUGAAUUACACAUUACUCGCUAAAAGGCUUGAUAGAGAACGCGAGUUAACGAUCGUGCAACAAAAAUUAGAAAUGUGUUCCGCACUUAAAGACAAGAAGAUUAAAAAACCAAAAUGUGUGAUGCCUGGUACAAAGCAUUCUGCUCCUAUUUAUAAGUGGAAGUAUGAGAGAAAACGAUAACUUGUAUGUUUGUAUAUUUCAUAAUUUUUUAUUAUUUUAUUAUAUGCCACUAAAUAAUAUGUGCAUAUAUAUGAUUGAUUAUAAGUAUCGAAUAAAAAUACAUAUUUUUUCAUA